GAGAUGCUUCGAACGCAUCUCAAUCACGUUGUGAAGCUGCACUGUUGUCAAGACAACAGGUAAACUAUAGCCUGUGGAAAAAUGGCGGAGCUGUUGAAAAUACAAAGCAAAGUUGACAAUUUCAGAAAGGAAUACUUCUUCAGAAACAGCCAAGCUGAGGAGAACAGACAAAGGGAAAACCAGGCCGCCACCCGGAUUCAGAGCUGGUUCAGAGCUUGCAAAGUGCAGGCUUACCUCAGUCACCUGCACAAGAAGGCAAUCAUUAUACAGAAGAUAUGGCGGGGCUUCACAGCAAGGGCACGUUUCAGACAAAUGGUGAAGGCGGCAUAUUUUAUCAUGAAGAUGAAUUUCUACGAGGAGAUGGCGGUCAGGAUCCAGCGGAGAUGGCGAGGAUUCUUUGUAAGGAAGUAUGUCCAUAACUUCUACGAACGCAAGAGGUAUCUGGAAGGACUGUCCUGGAAAAAUGAACUUGUCAGGAUGGAGCUGGCAGAAAUUGAGGACCUCCGGCGUAGAGAGAGACACUGUCUUGAUAUUGUGAAGGAGCAGACCGCCAAGGCCACCCAAGCCCACAGGUUCCACCACCUCCUCAGUACGAGUCAGCGCCCUGGGGUUUUCAACUCUCCAUUUAGGCCUGCUCCCCAUGAGAUGGAACUGCUGCUGAGGCAGGUCAAGUACCAGACCCCCACCAGGCGGCCCCGCAGGGAAAGGGCUUGUCCCUUGGGUGUGCCUGACCCAACCGCCUCAAGUUUCCCUGGGACUCCUCGACCCCCAUGGAUCGACAACACUGGAACUCACUGCUCCUCCGGGCCUUCUCUGCCCCCCAUUGCCAUCAAGAAACAGCAGGUUUGGUUGAGAGAGCCAGGGGCGGUGUGGGAGCAGCGUGUGCAUUGCCCCGACCUGAGGCUGCGUCUGCAGACCUCCUACACACACCUGGAGAAGGCCCAGAAUCAGCUUCGACAACGCCUGUCAGUCACAAUCCCCACUGGCACAUUAGGAACAGGAAGUAUACUCCACCAUCCGAGCCACAGCAGAAACUCUCCUAUUCAGUCAGCCGCCUCGAAGAGCUUCAGAUAGUGGAUUUACUUACUAACCCCGAGAGGAGCUGGUCAAGACAUUGUUGGCCACCUACGUCUUUGAUAAGUCUGCUCCUCCAAGGCUGGCAGCAUCGUGUGAAACACCUCCUUCUGGCCUCAGAAAAUGAAGAGAACUACAAAUAAAGAUGGCUGGUUGUAUGUACUAUAUUGUAUUUGCAUAGUGGGUAUUUUUGAGUCCAUGGGUUCGGUGUAGUCAGUUUGAGUUCACGUCUAUUUGGCUUUUUAUCAAAGAAAACACACUUUACAGUAUUCUACGGUCAGUAGUUUAUUUCCCAGAGUAUUUGUGAUUCGGAGUCACUGGAUGUUCAACAAAAUCAGGUCCAAUCUGACAACAACCACAAGUCACUAUGUGUUGAUUCUGUAUAAAAAAAUGUAAUGUGUUUCGAAAGAAACCGAAACAUCCAUUGGGUCCAUUGACUUUUCCAACAUGUGGUAUUACAGGAUCCAUUGAGUGAUUUCAACAUUCACGGAUUGUCAAAACAACAACAUGGUUAAUACAAAACAUUUCCUCAUCUCUGCAUCUCGUUUGGUCUGACCAACUACAAAUCAAAAAAGAACAAGAAAAACAUACAAUAUCAAAUUUGUGGUUAUUGAAACUUUUUUCCGCAAAAAAAACGUACAGAUGUAUAGCAUGUUCCUUUGUGCUGACAUUUUGAAAGACUUUAUUUCAAUUGCCAGUCAAAAUUAUUAAGACCAUCGCUGACCCUUUUCUGGUUGAGACGACUUCACAUGUCACCUCCUCGGGCUGCGCCCUGAGGCAGGACUCCGUCACAUACUCGACGGUUUUGAUCAUGAAGUACAAAGCGAGUCUGCCUCCAUCACUUUUUGGUCUCUGGCACCGACACGUGGCACAGAGGUUUCCAUCAUUUAAUCUACUUAAUUCUACGCUAAUUCGCUAACACAAACUUUGUCUCCGGUCCUUUCUUGUUUGCUUCCUCUCUUCUCCCCCUGUCCUCCGUGUUGCUGGCGUCCCCCCCGGGCCUGUGCUAUAAGGCGUGGAAUGGGAGCAUAGACAGAGCAUUUAGUAAUGGCUUCUUAAUGGGCUUGUCGACAGCCACAUUAGAGCGUACAGGCAGCGGGCGAGGCCGAGCAGCGAUAUGCCAAGCCAGAUGCCAUGCCAGCUGUGGCACUCCACUCUCUCACUUACGCUCUCAUUUGUAAUCACAUUUCUCAUACGGAUGGACGCCAUGUGCGUGAAGAAGAAAAAAAGGCAGACGCACAGGCAUGUCUCCUCCCAAUUCUGCUCAGUUGUUGGGAGCUGAUGACAUCAAUGGGGACGUUGUGGUGUUAAAAAGGAAAUGUAAACCGUGAUUGGUGGUCUGUGGAGGAACCUUUUAAGGAAAAUUGGGGUUUAUCUCAGAAAAUAAUGACUGUUAACAAAAGGAAAACAUCAACAAAGAUCUCACAAGCGGCUCAUAUAUAUACUUUUGAAUACAUGUUUUUAUUGUAUAGGAUUGUAUUCCUUUUGCUACACCGCUGCCUGCUUUCAGGAAUGGGACUCCCUGGACCUCCUGAGCCUCCUUCUGUAUGAGCAUUCAGCUGCAUUUGAAUUGUUUUAACAUGUGCUCAAGUGUCUUAAAUGUUAUGUACUACAGUCUCUGCCAGCACUCUGCUCAAGCCUGAGUCACUGUGGAGCAUCACGUCCGCCAAACUGAGAUACAUGUUCAUGCAAUAAAUGGUUCAAAUCUUCA